UCGGCAGGUCAGAGAGGAAGAAGAGAUGUUUCCGAGACGCCGAUUUUGAAAUCUGUUUUUGUUUUUAUAAGAAAUUAGAAUGAACUUAGGACCGAAAAACCCUUAUGGUAAUGGCCUGGCUUACGCCGGGUUCAACCAAGAUCAAGGAUGUUUUGCCUGCGGGAUGGACUCAGGGUUCAGGGUCUACAAUUGUGACCCCUUAAAGGAAAAGGAGCGGCAGGACUUCUCAGAUGGCGGCAUCGGCUACGUGGAGAUGCUCUUCAGAUGCAACUACCUGGCCCUCGUCGGGGGCGGGACGCAUCCUAAGUACCCCACGAAUAAAGUUAUGGUGUGGGAUGACCUGAAGAAAAAGCAUGUCAUCGAGUUAGAAUUCGCAUCAGAAGUCCGUGGCGUACGGUUGCGACGAGACAGGAUUGUUGUCAUCCUCGAUACAAUGAUAAAGGUUUAUACCUUUACCAGCAAUCCGCAACAGCUCCACGUUUUUGACACAGCCAAUAACCCCAAAGGGUUGUGUGUGCUGUGUCCAAACAGCAACAAUUCACUCCUGGCCUUCCCUGGGCCACGCGCUGGUCACGUGCUCAUCAUUGACCUCGCCAACACAGAAAAAUCGCCACAGGACAUCCUGGCCCACGACUCACCUCUUAGUUGUAUUGCCCUAAACCUCCCAGGAACAAGAUUGGCUACAGCCUCGGAAAAGGGGACGCUAAUCAGAAUUUUUGACACAGCAUCAGGAACACAACUAAAUGAACUUCGCAGAGGAGCCAAUGCAGCAACAAUAUACUGCAUCAACUUCAGUCAAGAUUCUUCACUGCUGUGUGUCUCAAGUGACCAUGGGACUGUUCACAUAUUUGCUACAGAGGAUGAGGACAAGAAAAACAAACAGUCGAGCUUAGCCUCGGCCUCUUUUCUGCCCAAGUACUUCAGCAGUAAGUGGAGUUUCUGCAAAUUUGAGGUUCCUGGAGGAUCGCAGUGUAUAUGUGCCUUUGGUCCCACCAGCAACUCCGUCAUUGCAAUAUGCGCUGAUGGCAGUUACUACAAGUUCACAUUCAACGCAAAAGGGGAAUGCAACAGGGAGGUUUACGCCCACUUCCUCGAAAUGACCGACGACAAAGCAUAGGACUUGUGCAGAGGUAGACAUUUCACAGGAGUGCUCCGUGCACUAGCCUCAUGCACAGUGUUUUCAUAAGUUAUGUACAUUAACACCAAUGUUGAGGGUUGUUUAAAAAUUAUGUGCAGUCUCGAGAUUUCAUGUGAUAGUCUAGUAGUAUGUACUGUAUAAGUGUCAUUUUUAUUGAUUUAUGAAAACUGAUUUUGUUUUUUAAUUUAUUUUUAUUAUCUGUUAUUCAGUCCCUCAUUCCAUGUUUGGCAGAUCUUCCUCAUUUGAGUGAAUAACAUCUUGACUGGGUUAUUUUUUUAAUAUUAUAUUUUUUAUCAAGUUUAUUACAACAUUUGUACUUAAUACAAAACGAGACUAAGUUUUUCUCUUUUCAGUUAUGAUAUUUCUUUAUUUUGUAUUUUCUUUAUGUUGGAUGCAUCUGCCAUCUGCUGACAAUUCCAGAUUUUUCUGUAAAUUUCCCGCCUCCUCUCUUUUUUUCUUUUAUUUCUCUUUCUUACUUCCUUCCUUCUGUAUGUUUAUCAUUUUUAUCUCUUUCACUCUCUCUCUUUCUCUCUCUCU